AUGCCAGCGUUACAUUUCAUUAGAACCGGUGGGCGCCAUUUUAAAAGAGCAGCCAGUGUUGUACGUUCUGCAAUCCAUGUUGUUUCUGUUCCUCAAACAAGUCGUGAUUUUAAUGGAGCCAGUGCCUCAAAUGGCCCUAGCGAGAUUGGUGCUAGUCAUAACGGCACAAGUGCUGCUUGUUGCUGGAUUUCAACUUGCUGUCUCGUCCUUCUCGUUCUCAUGGUCCUUUCCGUUGCUUCCCCUUUUGUUCAUCCAACAACUGAACCGGAAUACGCAAUCGAUAGUAUUUCCAUCAAAGGCAUAAAUCUCACAUCACCAGAGAGCCUGACGCUCUCACCGGAGUUUGAUAUCUCAAUUAUUUAUGGGAACCGGGACGAGAAUAUGGGUCUCUAUUACUAUGAGAAAGGAAGUUUUAUUUCUAUUUCUUACUCUAACGUGAUCUUGUGUUCAUCAGGUGAAAUUAUGCCAAAUUUUCACCAGCCCAAAAACAAUGUAACCGUGCUUGGGAUGGUGUUGAAAUGUUCGGGCGUAAAGAUAACUACUACGAUUCAUGACUCCUUAUUACGUGACCAGAGACAAGGGAAGAUUCGCUUUGUUAUUGACAUGAAGAUACCUAUUAGAGCCGACACAGGAGCUGUCGAGGUCACUGCAACGUCAAUACUUAAGGUUUUCUGUGCCAUCAAAGUCAAUGGAUUAGCUAUGGACUCAGAAAUCAUUUCAAAGAAGCAGUGUGUUCUUGUAAACAGAAUUUGGAGAAGUAACUAUAAGAACAAGGGUUCCGACGAUUCCGACAAUAAGUUAGCUAAAGCUAGCUCUUAG